AUGGCCUCGCCAGCCAUAGCACUUCCUAACGGCGUUACUGCGCCCGUGCAACUCAACAGCAGUAAUAACAAUAACAACGCCGAUGUCGACGCCAAUUUCAAUCCUACUAGUCCAGAUGCUGGUGCCGACUCCGAUGUCAAUACCGCGCAAUCUGUCUCCAGUAACUCCAUUAAGCGCAAACGCGAGUCUUCAGAUGUUGGCGAUAAACCACCAAAUGGCCUCGCCACUGAUCGCAACUCUCCCACUGCAACCGAUGACCCAAAAACAUCUUCUCAACCACGCGCGACAAAGAUCGACCAGCCUACAAUACGUAAUUAUUUUGAAGUUCUUCAAAGGCUUGAUCCGACACCCUCUGUCCUUAAACGCCCGCUUCCCAACCCUGAAGAUUCUUCUGGCGAACCGCAAGCAAAAAGGAAGAAACCUGACGAUGGAAAACCGCCACCUUCCAUUGCCGAUAAGGUGGUUCAAGAGAAAUAUGAUGAUCUUAUUAAUAUCAUCACGGACGUCAAAACUUCCAUCGCUGAUCACCUAGCUGAGCUGCGGGACAUACAACCAGGACAAGACCCCAAAGCGAACGAAGAAGCCAUUGCUAAGGUCAUUGAAUUCAAGCGGCAGGCUUAUAACAUUUUCAAGCGCGAGUUAUCCUAUCCAUAUAACCCUCGCGUUUCUGAUGUGCUCCACGACCUCGAUUUGAUCAAUGAUUUGCAGUCUAGUGCUAGUGGAAACACGGUACUGACAAUUAUUGGGGAGUCUAUGAGGGGGAAGCCGCUGUACUCGAGUCUGCAGCAGCCUGUGCAAAGAUCUGGCGAUGCAGGAACGACAAUACGACCAUUGAGGGAAGAGGGUUUGCCUAGCGGUGUUAAGAUUGCUAAGGCCAUACCGUAUACAUUCUCUUCCGCUAUCGAGAAGGAUAAGAAAUCGAAGACGUUAGGAGAGCUAUUCCCAGCUCCGCGCAAUCUACCAUCGCUCCAGCCACCUAAGGCGCCGAAGAGUACCACCAAAGGAGUCCAAGUUGGCUGGCAUCGCCCCGAACUAACCGAGAAGUCUAAGUACCGCGCUGGAUCGUACUUUAGCCAGCCAAUAUCGACUGGACGUUGGUUGGACUAUAGCAAUGCUGCUCCCCCUUCCCAGAUUAUGACAAAGCAACGCGAGCGAGCUCUGAGCCUGGCCGGAAAUAAGCCUUCUUCAUCCGACCUUGAGAUGUCUGAGAUGGAGGCGCUAUUUCGUGGCGCUUUCUCUAGUUUUGCCCCCUCGAAGGAUGACUCGGCUGCCAUGAUUUCGUCGGGAUUAAUUAGUCACACUAUGUGGUGGCAGAAGGUAGGAAGGCGUAACUUCGAUCGAUUGGUUGAGGCUGAGCUACAGGAAGAUACCCCGGAGAAUACGGAAGAGGUUGCUACCGCCCCUGUGGAAGAGGUGGAUGAAGAGUUUAUCAAGGAGGCUCUAGAAAACUGGGAUGAGACUAUGAUAGAUCCUAGUCUCGAACAGGCCUGUUGCCCAAAGAAACCGGACGAUGAGAAAGACGUCGACGAUAUCCUUCAGGACGUGUCUGACAUGAUCCAGACACUAGUAUCAUACCAAAAGAAUCGUAAUUUGACCCUUCCGACUGCAUCUAGCCAAAGUCGGUACUCGGCGGAUCCGUCUCAUAGCGAUAUGCUUACCAAUGGGACGCCAGUGCAACCUGGCGAAGAGGAGACAGCCACUUAUCAGGCGCUGAAGGCGCAGUUAGCUUUGGUUAUUCAAAUGCUUCCGCCUUACGCCGUUGCGCGUCUAAAUUCGGAUAAGCUGGAGGAAUUAAACAUCUCAACUAAGAUUGAAGUUCGCACUGAUGAAUACCAAGGUCUAAUGGAGGAAGACGAGGCAGCUGCUCGCGCAAGAGCCGCGCAGGCUCCCAUAAAUCCACGACCAGUUGCGCAUCGCUCGUCGAGUUCUUCAAGCAGCGUGCAGUAUAGUCAGCAGUAUCAUCCUAAUCGCGCCCCGAUGCCAACCCCGCCGUUUUAUGGCCCGCAGACGCCGAUACGACCCCCUCAGCCCGCGAUGCAAAGGCCUCCCCAGACAAUGCCUCCCGCUUAUCCACAGCGGCCCCCGUCAAACACGGGCUACCGUCCUCCUAAUCACUAUCCAAAUGCGGGCUACCCUCAACAGUUUAACAAAGCCCCGCCAUUCCCGCAGCAGCCCGGCCCUUACGGAGGCACGCCGACGCAAGCUCGACCUCCAUACCAACCCAUGCCUGGUUAUCCUAACAUGGGCAACCAGACGCCCCAGGCCCGUUUCCCGCCAUACCCCCCAGCUACUCAACCGCCCAACUAUCAUCCUCAACCUUACCAACCGCAGCAUCCACCUCAGCAGCAUGGUACUCCAACACAUCAACCGUAUGUCCAGUAUCCAAAUGGCGCUCCAAACAUGCCUCAAAGGACAGCAUCCCCACAUAUCUCCCAUCCAACACCACAACAUCAGCCUAUCCCUCACCACCCCGGGUAUAAUCCGGCUGCCACUCCCACAAGGCAACCUUCUUAUGGUAGUCAACCUAAUAUGGGCAACGACCCGUCAAGGCGUUUCUAUCCACCGGCCGGUUCGCCCGCAAUACCCAACAACCAAAUUCAUCCGCACGGUCAACCGAGUUCAAAUCCUCAAACCCCGGGUACCUCGUCAUUCCAUACAUCCCUUAACCCUCAUCAGGUUCAGCAAGCCAUGGAUCAAGCCAAAGCUCGCUUCGAUGCGACAAAAAGUGCUCAAAGGACGAACGAAGGUAUUCGAAAUUCCAUGUCCGCUCAAGGACAGGCACCGGUUGGUGCACCGGUCGGCUUGGGUGGCAUUGGUCUAGGGGGCGAUCCGGCAAGGCUAGCAGCAGUUAGAGCAGGCAUGCCUAAUUACCCAGCUUCCAGCCAUAGUCCCAAACCUAUGCCCGUAGUUAAUGGAAGUCCCGCAAUGGCGCCGGCGGCUCCGGCAGCUAAUGGUGGCCAGUCAAUGCCCGGUAGAGAAGCCUAGGGGUCUUCCGUACCCCAAUUGUACCAUCAUCACGGGACGAAUACUAGUUUACGCCCACCCGUCCAAGACGGACAUGGUGUAUACUCGUUUGACCCGCCAAGCGCUGGUGUCCCGAUGUCAAGACAAGAAUCGGAAACCAGGCCAAUUAAAGAGAAUAUUUCGAGAUAAAAGUCAUUGUUGGCGUUAAUUUUGAUCAUUCAGGUUGCAUAUUAAGUUGGGAAGCAAUCAUAAGCUCCUGAAAUAAAGGAGUGGCACAGUGAAAUGCGAACGUGGAUAACGCUCUUCCAUGG